UCUCAUUGGAAGACUUGCUGCCAGCCAGCCAGGGAGCUGGCAUCUUGGCAGGAGCUGGGCCUGGAGCAGAGCUGAAAGGAUUGGCAUGGAGAGACUGACACCUAGGGAGCCACCUGGCCAUCCUCAUCAGGGGGAGGCCUCCGCCUGCUGGCGACUCACCGUGAGGGUCCUGGAGGCUCGGGGCCUGGGCUGGGCUGACAUGUUGAGCGAGGCAGAUCCCUAUGUGGUCCUACAGCUGCCAACCGUACCUGGAAUAAAGUUGAAGACCAAAACAGUCACCAACUCCAGCCAUCCUGUAUGGAAUGAGACCUUCAGUUUCCUAAUCCAGAGACAGGUUAAGAAUGUUCUGGAGCUGAGUGUCUAUGAUGAGGACUCAGUCACGGAGGAUGAUGCCUGCUUCAAGUUUCUCUAUGACAUCUCAGAAGUCGUCCCUGGCAAGCUGCUCCGGAAGACCUUCUCCCUGCGCCCCCAGGGACAGGAGGAACUGGAUGUGGAGUUCCUGAUGGAAAAAAUGUCAGACCGCCCAGAGAAUCUCAUCACCAACAACGUCCUUGUGGCUCGAGAGCUGUCAUGCCUGGAUAUCCGCUUGGAGAGCACGGGGAGCGCAGCCGAGGACUCAGACCAGGACAACCUGGAGCUGGAGCUGGAGCUGGUGCUGACGGGGUCAUAUGAAGACACGCAGACAUCGGCCCUGGGCACAGCCUCAGCCUUCCGCUUUCACUACAUGGCAGCUCAAGAGGCAGAGCUGAGAGGGCGCCUGAGGAGCUCCAAAAGCAAAGACUGGAACUCAGACGUCUCAGCAGGGCACCUCACUAUGCCUCUGAAGUCCUUGACUAUGGGGAAGGAGAUGAUCAUUGAUGUUCCAGCUACAAAUGCCCCAGGAGUGAGGCUACAGCUCAAGGCUGAGGGCUGCCCUAAGGAGCUGGCCGUGCGCUUGGGCUUCGACCUAUGUGUGGAGGAGAAAACUUUCCUGAGCAGAAGGAAGCAGGUGGUGGCCAAGGCCCUGAAGAAGGCCUUGCAGUUGGACAGAGACCUACAGGAAGAUGAGGUCCCCAUCGUGGGGAUCAUGGCCACAGGAGGAGGUGUCCGGGCCAUGACCUCUCUCUAUGGCCACUUGUUGGCUCUGAAAAAGCUGGGACUGCUGGACUGUGUGACGUACUUCAGCGGCAUCUCGGGAGCUACAUGGACAAUGGCCCAACUAUAUGGGGACCCUGAGUGGUCACAGAAGGACCUCGAGGGGCCCAUCCGGUAUGCCCGGGAACACCUGGCCCAGAGCAAGCUGGAAGCCUUCUCUUCGGAGCGACUGGCAAACUACUUCCAGGAGCUGGAGCUGCGAAUGGAGGAGGGGCGCCCCACAACCUUUGUGGACCUGUGGGCUCUCGUGCUGGAGUCCAUGCUGCACAACCAGGUGAUGGACCAGAAGCUGUCAGGACAGAGAGCCGCACUGACGCAGGGCCAGAACCCUCUGCCCCUCUACUUGAGCCUCAAUGUCAAAGAGAACGACCUGGAGACUUUGGACUUCAAGGAGUGGGUUGAGUUCUCCCCCUAUGAGGUCGGAUUCCUGAAGUACGGAGCCUUCGUCCCGUCUGAGCUCUUCGGCUCCGAGUUCUUUAUGGGGCAGCUGAUGAGGAGGCUCCCCGAAUCCCGGAUCUGCUUCCUGGAAGGUAUCUGGAGCAACAUUUUCUCCCUGAAUUUGCUGGAUGUCUGGUAUGACCUCACCAGCUCUGGUGAUGCCUGGAAGCAACACAUCGAGGACAGGAUCAGCAGCCUGGAGGAGCCCCCUGCCUCCUUGAGGACCUCCUCAUGGCUGGAGGCCUUGUGGCUGCAGCCCGGAACAGCACUGGCCCAGGCAUUUAAGGGCUUCCUGACAGGCAGGCCGCUCUGCCAGCACAGCUCCAACUUCCUCCAGGGCCUGCAGCUGCACCAGGACUACCGCAACCAGAAAGAGUUCUCUACCUGGGCAGACAGCCAGCUAGACUCCACCCCUGGCCAGCUGACCCCGCAGGAGCCCCAGCUCUGCCUGGUGGAUGCCGGCUACUUCAUCAACACCAGCUCUCCCUCUAUGUUCCGGCCAGGCCGCCGGCUGGACCUCAUACUCUCCUUCGACUACUCCCCAUCCUCGCCUUUUGAGACGCUGCAGCAGACUGAGGUGUACUGCCGAGGCCUGGGGCUGCCGUUCCCCCGCGUGGAGCCCAGCCCACAGGACCAGCGCCAGCCCAAGGAGUGCCAUCUCUUCUCGGACCCCACCUGCCCCGAGGCCCCUGUCCUGCUGCACUUCCCACUGGUCAAUGCCUCUUUCAAGGACCACUCAGCCCCAGGUAUCCAGCGCAGCCCUGCAGAGCUACCGGCCGGCCAGGUGGAUCUCACUGGGGCCACCUCACCCUACUCCCUGUUCAACAUGACCUACAAGGAGGAAGACUUUGACCGCCUGCUGCAACUCAGCGAUUACAAUGUGCAGAACAGCCAGGGUGCCAUCCUGCAGGCCCUGAAGAUGGUUCUGAAGCACCAGACCCUGGGGGCCAGGCUGCCAGGGGCACAGUCUUGAGGCUGCGCAAGACGC